AUGAAUUCUCAAGUUACAAAUUUGGUAAUCAUGCUUGCCAUGAUGAAGGUCAGCCAACGGUUAAACAUGGAAGAUCCAACAACUAUCUUUUAUAUUAGGGUUUUGUACGCUACAUGUACGAUUACUACUUACUUGAUCUACGCAUUCACUAGGCGCAGAAUUUUGGCGAAGAAUGAUUUAACUACCUUGAAGUACGUUAUUCCUGCUAACCCGCUUGCUGGACAAAAAGAGCCUCAACUAAAGGUGACCACUGUUCGUGACUAUGACUUGGAACAAGUUGACUCUUGUAUCAAGUCUAUCUACACUAGUUUGAUGAUGAUGGGUUUUAUGCACUUAUACAUGAAAUACACGAACCCAUUGUUGAUGCAGUCAAUCUCGCCUGUGAAAAGCGCGCUAGAAAACAACGAAGUUCGUAUCCACUUGUUUGGAAAGCCGGCAACUGGUGAUUUCAAGCGUCCUUUCAAGCAGGCAGGACUAUUUGGUAUGGGUGCUAGUAACCAGCCAUUGGUCGACAAGAAGAGUAUUGAGGAGGCUGAAAAAGCUGGUACUGGUGGUAUUAAGACCGAAUGA